CACUGGAGGCCCUGCUGUGCCAGGGAGCGCUCCAUGCAGCAAGAAAGCCCACCAAGUCCCUGAGAUCGCUGCCUCUGCCUUCCUUCCCGCAGGAGCAGCAAUGGAAUCCUGGGUACAGCAGCAUUUCCCCAGCGUGCCUCACGAGCCCUCUGACUGAGAAGCCAGGAAGCAAGAUCAGAAAAAAUGAAUCAUGAGAAACUGCAUUACAAAAUUAUCAGAAUCAUACAGAAGUUUUGCUGCCAUCCCAAUGCUCUGAGUGCAUUUGAAAUCGCCAGAGGAAGAACUUGGAAAUACUACAUUGUAAGCUAGAAGCUCACCCGACUACUACUUAGAAGAGAGUAUGCCUCAGACGCCUCCCUUUUCAGCAAUGUUUGACAGCAGUGGUUACAACCGAAACCUCUACCAGUCUGCUGAGGACAGCUGUGGAGGGUUGUAUUACCAUGACAACAACCUGCUUUCUGGGUCUCUGGAAGCACUUAUCCAGCACUUAGUACCUAACGUGGAUUACUAUCCAGAUAGAACAUACAUCUUUACCUUCCUACUCAGUUCUCGCUUAUUUAUGCAUCCGUAUGAACUAAUGGCAAAAGUCUGCCACUUGUGUGUUGAGCACCAGCGACAGAGUGAUCCUGACAGUGACAAGAUGAGAAAAAUUGCACCUAAAAUUCUUCAACUCUUGACAGAAUGGACUGAAACAUUUCCUUAUGAUUUUCGAGAUGAAAGGAUGAUGAGAAACUUAAAAGAUCUGGCACACAGAAUAGCCAGUGGCGAGGAGCAGACAUACCGGAAGAACGUCCAGCAGAUGAUGCAGGGUCUCAUCCGCAAGCUCGCUGCCCUCAGCCAGUACGAGGAAGUCCUGGCAAAGAUCAGCUCCACAUCUGCAGAUCGGCUAACGGUCCUGAAAAACAAGCCCCAGUCCAUCCAGAGAGAUAUCAUUACUGUCUGCAGCGACCCUUACACCUUGGCCCAGCAGCUGACUCAUAUAGAGCUGGAGAAGCUCAAUUACAUUGGGCCAGAAGAAUUUGUUCAGGCAUUUGUGCAGAAGGACCCUUUGGACAAUGACAAGAGUUGCUACACUGAACGGAAGAGAACAAGAAACCUUGAAGCCUAUGUAGAAUGGUUUAAUCGCCUGAGCUACUUGGUUGCUACAGAAAUCUGCAUGCCCGUGAAGAAGCGACACCGAGCAAGAAUGAUUGAAUAUUUCAUCGACGUAGCUCGAGAAUGCUUCAACAUUGGCAACUUUAAUUCCUUGAUGGCAAUAAUCUCUGGCAUGAACAUGAGCCCGGUGUCACGACUGAAAAAGACUUGGGCCAAAGUGAAGACUGCAAAGUUUGACAUUCUUGAGCAUCAGAUGGAUCCUUCAAGCAAUUUCUAUAACUAUCGAACAGCACUUCGAGGGGCAGCACAGAGAUCCUUGACAGCUCAUAGCAGCAGAGAGAAGAUUGUGAUACCGUUCUUCAGUCUGUUAAUCAAAGAUAUUUAUUUCCUCAAUGAGGGCUGUGCCAACCGCCUUCCAAAUGGCCAUGUCAAUUUUGAGAAAUUCUGGGAGCUGGCCAAGCAAGUGAGUGAGUUUGUGACGUGGAAACAAGUGGAGUGUCCAUUCGAGCGGGACCGGAAGGUCUUGCAGUACCUGCUUACAGUCCCCGUGUUCAGUGAGGAUGCUCUCUACUUGGCGUCUUAUGAGAGUGAAGGACCUGAAAAUAACAUAGAGAAGGACAGAUGGAAGUCUCUAAGGUCCAGCCUCCUAGGCAGAGUUUAACGGAGCUGCUGCCGCCGCCUCUGCUCACAGGUCUGGCCUUUGUUCUCUGGCGUCUAGUGCUAGUACCAGUCAUGAAGACCCUGCGGCCCUUACCGCUCCCAUCCGCAAAGCAAGCCCACUGCAGAGCAGAUGGAGAAGUCAUUCUCCACAGCUGACAGACUGACUUAACUCAGAUUCUGGGAGACUGAAAUGGUCACUGAAGAUACUUGAGAAAGAAUCCUCUAAUGAUCCCAGCUCUGUGCAUGAUUCAUCUCCUGGAAUUUCCAUGUGAAUCACAGCUCUGCACCUGGAUGGGGUUUUCUUUUGUGUGUGUACGUUUUAAUUUGGUUGAACAUUUGCUGCUAAUGGGACUUACCCAGCUGAGUGCCAGCUCCGUGGAAGCCCAUGUUUGUUAAUUUAAAUGAAAAAGGGAGAGGGGGAGGGGAACGCCCCCCCCCCCCCCCCAGCUCGGAUGCCAGAGCUCAGCCGCAAGGCCGCCGGAGAGGAAGAAGACUGGCUGGAUGUCUGCUGCCGGCUGGCUUCCUCUCCCUGUGGUGUGUGCUGCGUUUAAGCCCUUGCCCCUCCUCCCACCAAGUUUUGAGUUGGCUGCUGGCUAGCAAACUCCUUUGUACCUGUGUAAGUUAUUUAAUAGAAUAAUGAAGCUCCACACUGUGGUAGGAAAAUAGCCACUAGGGGGAAAAACAAAACAAAACUCAAGAUUUUGUUGCUGUUGCUGUCGGACUGCUUAACAUGCUAGAAAAAUAUUUUCCCUUUGCCCUUCUGACCUGUUUACAGCUGACCACUGUGUUCUAUGGAUGUAUUUUGCAGUAGGUUUUAUGUUAGUUUCCAUGAUGUCUGUCUUUUUUUCUUUUCAUGUAAAUUUCAAUGAUUUGACUUUCUAGGGUCUUGGAAAAGCCCAUGGCAUAAUCGCAUUUUUUUAAACGGGAUUUUUUUUUUUUUAUUUUUUGGAGUCUGUGGGUGACUAAACAUUGUAAACAAAGAGCAAAUUGGAAAAGUUAUCUUCUCCCCCAUGAAAUCACAUUGCUGUUAACUCAAUCACUGAUCUAAUUGUGAAAUAGUUCGCCUUGAUAACAUAAUUUAAAUAGGUCUGUAGUUGCUCUGCAAACGGCCAAUUUUAUAUAUAUAUAUAUUUAAGAACCUGUAGAGUAGUGAUAUGCGCUAAUGAAAAAAAGCAAAGCACUAUGUUCACAACAGACAGACAUUUGAAAGCCUCCUGCCAUGGUUCCCAGAAUCAACAUGUCUGUGUGCUGUGUGCCGUCUCAACAGGCCUGAGCUGUCUCCACAUUGUCCCUCUACAAUAUCAAACAUAUUUUACACUCUGCUGACAGA